AUGUCGUUCUUCUGGCGUGGGGUCCUGAGCGUGUAUCCGAUCUUACGGUGCUGUGUCCUAAGUGAAGUUAAUUCUGGCGCGGACACUUACUUUUGGAAAGAUAGAUGGCUCAACGGUAGAGCACCCAUGUAUGUUUGGCAUGAGCAGUACAGAGAGUGUGGACAGCAAGACGCUUCUUUCAAGGAUUUGGCACACUUGCUUGAGGGGCAUCCUUUCUGCGAGGAUGCAGAUUUAGUUCAAAUUAGAGAUAGGUGGCGGAAUAGUGGGAAUGAUGUGAAGGACAUAAAAAGAUGGGCGCUUAAUGGAACCGGGGCUUUCUCCGUAAAGUCACUCUAUAACUUCCUUAUUGAUGGGGGUGUGAGGUGUGAAAUUGCAAAAUUCUUCUGGAAAAGUAAAUGCCCAAAGAAGAUAAACAUUUUUAAUUGGUUGGUCUGGAGAAAUAAGAUUUUGACAAUGGACAAUCUGGAAUUAAGACGAUGUAACAAACUCCCAACUGCAACUUGUGUCAUGUGCCAUGCGGAUACAGAAUCUGUGGAUCACCUGUUCCUUCAGUGCCCUGUUGCCAGGGAUGUGUGGGGCUACUUUUGCAGGCUGCUGGGCGUUCCGGAGCCUCCGAUUUCAAUGACAGGGGUGUGGCGGGAGUGGAGGGGGUCUGUGCGGCCCAACAGUAGGGUAGCAGUGGACUUAGUGGUCAAGGCGUUAGUCUGGAAUAUUUGGAUUGCACGUAAUGAUAGAAUCUUCAAUGAUAAAAUUUUGCCUGCUACUUGCAUUCUGUUAUGUAUUAAUCGUAUGCUCCUGUCGUGGUUCGAUGCUCUUGCAGAUGGAGCUAAGGCGAAACUUGAAGAUACCAUGGCUAUCGUCAGAGGAAGCCUUGAGUUCCUUGAGUCAAGGAGCCAGAGGGACAGGGGGGAUUGUACGGCCGAGGAGGCACCAUAUCGAAGCACGGAGUAG